GUCGGUCUCACAGACCUCACGUCGCCACCCGGCGUGGGCCCGCGUCUCGAUUACCCUCUAUACGCGUCGCCCUUCCGACGCCGCUUGGCGACCCACUUUUUCUACCUCCCUCCGCUCCGCUCUGCGCCUCGGCCGAGAACAGAGAUCGCGCGGGAGUGGAGCAGUCUGUUGAUCGGCGGCGGUGAGGAGGCGGGAAUCCGAUAGAUAGCGUUGCGAUCGUGCAUGGAGUCCGGAGAAGGCGGCGGUUCGUCCUCUUCGCCGGCAGCCGACAAGACUGCCCCGCCGCCGCCUCCGCCGCCGCCGCUGAGUCGGUACGAGUCGCAGAAGCGGCGGGACUGGAACACGUUCUUGCAGUACUUGAGGAACCACAAGCCGCCGCUGACGCUGGCGCGGUGCAGCGGCGCGCACGUGAUCGAGUUCCUCAAGUACCUGGACCAGUUCGGGAAGACGAAGGUGCACGAGGCCGGGUGCGCCUUCUUCGGCCAGCCGAACCCGCCGGCCUCCUGCGCCUGCCUCUUCCGCCAGGCCUGGGGCUCCCUCGACGCCCUCAUCGGCCGCCUCCGCGCCGCCUUCGAGGAGAACGGCGGACUCCCGGACUCCAACCCCUUCGCCGCCCGCCCCGUCCGCAUCUACCUCCGCGAGGUCCGCGAGAACCAAGCCAAAGCCCGCGGCAUCCCCUACGAAAAGAAGAAACGCAAACGCACCGCCGCCGCCGCCGCUGCCGUCGCAGGGGAAUCCUCUUCCAACCCGCCGCCGCCGCCGCCUGCAACUGCUGCCUCCUCGUCGGCGCCGGAUCCUCCCGCCGGUAGUUCGCCGUCCGUCUCAUAAUUAUGCAUUAAAAACUAACGAUCUUAACAAUCACUUCAUGAUCAAUUACUUCCUCCUCCUCCUCCAACUUUGAAAAACAAACAAAAAAGAAAGAAGAAAAGAAAAAAAAAAUGUAAUUUUGAUGGUGCCGGGCAGCAAGAACUGACAUGAGAUUCCAGUCUUCGCCCUAUUCAUAGUACGAACACGCUUUAAUUUCCUUGUUUA